UUGGCACUAAACACUGUACUCUGUAAAUUACUUAAACCAGUCUGCAAACAAUAAUGUAUGAUUACUUUUUAGCGAAAACAUUUAUCAGGUUGUUGUUCUGGUCUAUAAUUUAGAACUGUGAAAGUAGCCGCUUGUCAUUCUGCUACACCAAGAUAAAGCCUAAUUGAACUUUUCCCCGGUUCUGAUUAUAUAAAGUUCACUGGACACAUCAUACGAGAUGGCAUCAGUAAAGGACAGCAGUGAAACACUCCAGCUCAAGGUGAUGACGAAAGACGAAGAAGAGGAAAUAAAGAUUUGGGAAUAUGGUGAUGGGUUUCAAGAAGAGGUUCAAUCAAUGGCGCUAGCAGCCAGGAGUUCAACACUGGGUCUAAAUAUCAUAAUUAAAGAAGAGGAAGAAACUAGAGAAUCCAUUGAUCAUGAAGAGUCCCCUAACUCCUCACACCAAGUGGUGGCAUCUCCUGCAUCACUGAAUCACCAUCAGGAAGGGAGCAAAGGAAAGGGCCCUCAUCACUGCCCACACUGUGAAAAGAGUUUCCCAUUCCCAUCUUAUCUUGAAAGACAUCUGCGGAAACACUCUGGAGAGAAGCCUUACUCCUGCUCCAUCUGUGGGAAGCGAUUCCCUGCAUCCCACCAUCUGACAGUGCAUCAAAGAGUGCACACUGGAGAGAAGCCUUACAGCUGCUCUGACUGUGGGAUGAGUUUCUCUCAACUGAGUGGCUUGAAAGGCCACCAGCGGACGCACACUGGAGAAAAGCCUCACCACUGUUCCACAUGUAGUAAGAGUUUCUCUUAUCUGAGAGACCUGCAACGUCAUCAGUUGAUUCACACAGGUGAAAAGCCCUUUUCCUGUACCGAUUGUGGGAAGGGUUUCACCUCACCUAGCCAUCUAACAGUUCAUAAGAGAGUGCACACUGGAGAAAAGCCAUAUCGAUGUUCAGAAUGUGGGGAGAGUUUCUCCUAUGUGGGUAGCUUCAAACAUCACCAGCGUAUACAUACAGGAGAGAAACCAUACUCCUGUCCUGACUGUGAGAAGUGCUUCACCUCUUCCAAUCAGCUGACUGUUCAUCAGAGGGUGCACACAGGAGAGAAACCUUUCUGCUGCUCUGAAUGUGGGGAGUUUUUUUCUCAACAAAGUAACCUGAAAUCCCACCAGCGAACACACAGGAGAGAGGCUUUACCCCUGCUCUGACUGCAAAGAGGGAAGGUCUUAUAACUGAAUAAAAUUCUUCUUGUCAUCUUUAGAAUCGAUUCAUGAGAACACAGAGGUUCUAGGGUCAAGAUUAGUGUCAGAUGUCCUUAAUUGAAGACGUGGUGUUUUCCAUAUACAGUAGAGAGAACAAGCAUUUGAUAAUGUGCCGAUUUUGCACGUUUUCCUCACAUACAAAGCAUGUAGAAGUCUGUCAUUUUUAUCAUAGGAACUCUUCAACUGAGUGACGGAAUCUAAAAAAUAA